CGCGCCCCGUUCUGUCCCGGCAGCGCUCUCCGGGCGCAGCCGACUGGGCGAGGCGCUUGGUCACCUGGUUCCCAGCGGCCAGUCAGAGCUCCCCGGCAGCGGAACCCUUGGCUCCCGCCGCCUCGCAGCGCUGCGAAAUGGCGGCGUCCAGAGGACGGCGGCUGCUGUGGCACGGCCGGUGCUGGUCCUCGCACACGGGGCUCGCUGUCUCCUCGCAGCCCCCUGACUCGCUUUACCCGCCCGUCGUGGCUUCCGCUACGGCGCAGAGCAAAGCGGCCAGGCGGCGGCGCCUGGAGCAUUUCUACCAGAGAGUGCAUGGGGCAGCCUCGAUCGAGGAGAAGCUGCGGCUCUACGGCCGGUUGCAGCGGCCCAAGUACACGGUUUACCCGCAGACCAUCGCCAUCAACGCCGACCGCUGGUACCGGAGCUUCACCAAGACCGUCUUCGUGCCAGGGUUGCCCGGGAAUGCGGCGCUGCGAGCCGCGAAAGCCCAAGCGCCCGUAGCUGCAGAGCCCGCGGGAGCUCGGGAAGGCGCGGCACAAGCGGCGCCUGAGGACACCAGAGCCCCUGAGGCGAGAGCGGCGGCACCGGGCGCUGAGGGAACGGCAGAGCCGGCGGUGGGAGCCAAGCCAUACUUGAAUAUGGGCGAGCUGCGCUCCCUCGUCUGUGACGCGCUUCUACACGAGAGCUUCUACCAGAGCAAGAAGAGGCCGUUCCUCUACCGUGAGCAGGAGCAUACGCCCGGCCCGUUCCUUACGCAGCUCGUUUCUGCGCUUGCCGCGUACCUGUCGAGCUACAAUCCGCUCCUGGCAUCCUCCUCCCUUGAUCUGAACCCUGAAGUUAGCUAUUACUGGCACCAUGGUGAGGAAGUUGUUGCUCAUGGACAUCGAAAGGGUAGAGUCGAUCCAGUUCGAUUUCAGAUAGAUGAUCGCCCACACCUCCAAAUCCGUGUACCAAAACAACUUCCAGAGAUUGUGCACCUGGAGUCAGAUCUGGGAGAUGUUCCUGUUAUUGAGCACAAACCAUCCAAACUACCCUUGUUCAAAAGGCAGUAUGAAAACAAGGUGUUCAUAGGAUCAAAGGUAGCAGACCCAUGCUGUUAUGGACACACUCAGUUUCACCUUUUCCCUGACAAAAUGAAACGAGAGAGGUUUAUAAAACUACGUCUUGAGGACCAGAUUGAAGUCGUUUAUCGAGCUAAUGCUGUUGCAAGUCUCUUUGCCUGGACCGCAGCACAAGCCAUGUAUCAAGGAUUCUGGAACGAAGCAGACGUGACGCGUCCUUUUGUGUCACAGGCAGUAGUGACUGAUGGAAAAUACUUUGCCUUCUUCUGUUACCAGCUGAAUACUUUAGCACUGACUGCAGAAACUGUUAAAAAUAACCCUCGGAAGAAUAUCUGUUGGGGUACAGAAAGUAAGCCAUUGUAUGAUGGAGUGGAAGAUGGGCAUGUGAAGGGCUUUAACGAUGAAGUUCUGCUUAUGUUGGUUCGUUUUCUUCUAAACAGACCGAAAGAGUUGUAACUCAGCAACCGAGAAAGUAUUUCCUUUCAGUGUGCCUCAGCUUCACUGUAACUCCAUGAAGCAUGGGCUGGAAUUUGCCUUGCUCUUUGCCAGGUGUUUAUCCAGCAAGCUAUACGUGUUUUAUGAUAGUUGAGCUUUAUUUCUUUAACUGUAUCAUACGGUACACUGGAAAAUAAAUGGCUAGAACACC